AUGAAACCGCGCCGAGCGCAGGCUAUGGGGUUUGCUGGAAAAGGGUAUGGUGUCUGCGGCGUCCUGUCUGUCUGUAUGGAAGUCACCAGGGACACAAUGCUGUACAGGUCUAGUUCCGUCGUCGCUUCUUGGAAGAUGGGCGUCCCGUUCUUCUCCAAUGCGCCUUCCGUCGCAAGGAGAGGCUGA